UUUAACCCGAUGUGCCUGACUCUCCUCGGUGAUACCAAUUUAAAUGCGGAGUGCAUUUGGCCAAAAUGUUGACCCGCGUUAUCGUAUUGUUGUUAUCUUUACUUUCCCUGGAUCCGCUCACGAACGCGUCCAAAUAUCACAGAGAGGCCCUGCAAUUCUUGUUUCGCAAUGGAAAUUUCGACUUGAAUCCACUAAACUGUCACAUAUUAUUGUGGGAAACAUGUCCCAAGCAAUAUAUAGAAUUCCAGCUCUUUACAAGCAAUGGGCCCCGUCGAGGAAUUACGUUAAAUGUCAAGAACCCAAUUACCCUUUAUAAAGGUGGUUUCAGCAAGCAACGCGAAACGGUCUUCAUAAUUCACGGAUUUAAUGGAACCGCCAUCGACAUUCAUCUGCAAUUUCUUAGGGAUGCUUACUUGUCUCGCGACUUUAAUGUCAUUACCGUGGACUGGCGACCCCUGACCCGCUAUCCGUGCUAUUUGCACUCGCUGAUCAACACCAGGCUUACGGCGCAGUGCACCGCCCAGAUCUACGCCUUCCUCACCCACUACGGAGCGGUGCGGGAACGGAUCACCUGCGUGGGCCACUCGCUGGGCGCCCACAUCUGCGGCAUGAUCAGCAACCACCUCACGCGGAAGCAGUACCGCAUCAUCGGCCUGGACCCCGCACGACCCCUAAUCGAGCGCAAGAAGAGCAACACCUUCCGGCUGUCGCUAGACGACGCCAACGUCAUCCAGGUGAUCCACACCAACGCCGGAUUCCUGGGACAGGAGGACAACACCGGGCACCUCAACUACUGCGUCAACGGAGGACGCAUUCAGCCCUUUUGCAAGGGGAAUCCCAUCAGAAGGUCCCGCUGCUCGCACUUUCUGAGCAUCUGCUACUUGGCAACGGCCACUUUCAAGCAUAAAAAGUUCAUGGGUGUUCCUUGUCCCAACGGCUGCCUGCAUCUCAGUGGUCCAAAGCGGCUGCCUGUCAGCGGGAAAACCAAUCCAUUCGAGUUCGCCUCGCUGCUGAGGGAGUACCACAUAGGCAACGACGCCCCCGAUGACGCCCGAGGAUGUAUUUGCAUAGACGUGCCGUAUGCCAAGCACUGCCCCUUCACGGACGCGUAGGAGCUGGUUUUCAAUAGGUUGUAAUUCUAUAAUAGAACUAUUGAUAAUAAAUUCAAUUAUAAUUUUU